UUCGAUUACUCUACCUCCAAACCCCAGUUCCAAUUCCAGAUCCAGCUUGUCUCCUCCCUCUCUCUCUCUCUUUUCUCCUCUCCAGACGACCACAGACAUUAACUUGAUCUUUGUGCUUUGACCGUCUUUCCAUCCCCAGAUCGAUCACCAUGGCUGAUACCUCCGUCCCGUACUUUGAGAACCCAGCGUUCAAGAAGUCUUUUGCCGAUGUGCCAAUUGACGCCGACAACAACAUCUCCACCAAGGAGUUCAUCGAGGCCACCGAGUCACUGGUCGUCAUCUUUGACUACCUGAAGGCAUCAGCCUUUUCCCCAGUCAAGAGCGACAUCAGUGGCAACGCUACGAAAAUCGACACCCGCUUCAAGGAGGCUCCCGCCGAGUCCGCCACCCUGCAAGACCUCGUCAAGAAUGAGCUCAAGAGCAAGAAGCACACUGCCACGGAGGGCCUGCUCUGGCUGACACGCGGCCUCGACUUUAUGUACCAGGCCCUGAGCGCCAACAACAAGAACUCCAGCGAGGAGCUAUCCGUCUCCUUCACCAAUGCCUACGGCGAGACCCUGAAGCCCCACCACGGCUUCAUCGUCAAGAAGGUCUUCUCGGCCGCCAUGGGCUUCUGCCCCAAGCGUGCUGAUUUCUACAAGGAGGUCGGCAAGGACACACCGCCCGAGAAGUUCCAGGGCCAGAUGGACCCCUGGCUGGCGGGCCUGGAGAAGAUUGUCGGCAUCCUCAAGCCCUUCAUGGACAGCAAGGAGGCCAAGUGGUAAAGGGAAUAGGGAUGAGGCUAGAAGAUAUGGAAGAGAAGGGAGAAUCCUCUCCCGGCAAAUCAUGGCCGAAACAUUAUACACGUAGGGGCAUGCAAUCAGCGGCUGAUGCCUCUUGCAAUGUGUCUAGUAAAAUCAGUGUUGCCUCCCGCUCGGUGACUGCAAGACAGCAUUGAACGAAGGGAUGUAUGUGCAUGGGCGCUGAGCAUUUAUUCAAGAUUUAUGGGUACAAAAUGUCAAAAGCAUUAGAAACC